AUGGAUGAAGAACAAGUUAUCGUUAUCGAUGAACAAGAUAGACCGUUUGAAGAAGAACUUAUUCGUAACCCACACAAUGUUAAAUCGUGGCUUAGAUACAUUAGUAUGAAAGCGAAGUCACCCCCAAAAGUGGUUUAUAUGUUAUAUGAACGAGCUGUAAAACAAUUGCCUGGAAGUUAUAAAUUAUGGUACCGUUAUCUACGUCUACGGCGUGUGCACUCACGUUCUCUUUGUCCUGGUAGUAUUCUGCAUGAAGAAACUAAUAAUGCCCAUGAAAGAGCUCUUGUUACAAUGCACAAGAUGCCUCGUAUAUGGAUAGAUUAUUUAAUGUUCCUAAUGUCACAAGGAUUGAUUACUCGAACAAGACAUGCUUUUGACAGGGCGUUGAAAGCUUUACCAAUUACCCAACAUGAUAGGAUAUGGAAUUUGUAUUUAAGAUUCGCUGAUAGACACGGUCAUAAAAUUAACGAGACCUGUGUACGAAUAUACAGACGAUAUGUAAAGUUUGCUCCAGAUGAUAUGGAACGUUUUGUCAAUUUUCUUAUUCAACACGGAAAUGCCAAUGAAGCCGCAGUUGUCUUGUCUGAGAUAAUUAAUGAUGAUAGUUUUAUGAGUCGUGAAGGAAAGUCGAAAUUCCAAUUAUGGAACCAGUUGUGCAAUCUUUUGGUUAAAAAUCCUUUGAAGAUUACGUCGUUGAAAGCAGAUCCUAUUAUUCGUCAAGGAAUUCAUCGUUAUACUGACCAGGUCGGUGUGUUAUGGAAUUCUUUAGCUGACUAUCAUAUACGUUGUGAAAAUCUUGCACGGGCCAGAGAUGUUUAUGCAGAAGCAUUGAAUAGUGUUUCAACAGUUCGUGAUUUCACUCAAGUUUUUGAUGCAUAUGCGGAGUUUGAAGAAUCAAUGGCAAAGGCAAAAAUGGCUGCUUUGGAACAAUCUGAUGUUACAGAAGAUGAUGAGUUGGAUGUCGAAUUGUAUCUAGCACGUCUUGAGUCUCUCAUGGAUCAUCGUCCAUUACUCUUAAAUAGUGUCCUGUUACGUCAAAAUCCUCAUAACGUAGCUGAUUGGUUGAAACGUGUUGAAUUAUUGAAAAGUCAAGGAGCACGUGAACAAAUUGCAGCAUUCAUGGAGGGUAUUACAUCGGUUGAUCCAGCUAAGGCAACAGCAGGCCGUCCAUCAUCAUUAUGGACUGGUCUAUCACGUUUAUAUGAAGAACAUAAUCAGUUGAAUGAUGCACGAGUAGUACUUGAAAAAGCAACUGGUGUUUCUUUUAUGCAUGUAGAAGAUUUAGCCGCUAUAUGGUGUGAAUGGGCUGAAAUGGAAAUGCGUCAUGAUCAACCUGAAGCAGCACUUCGUUUAUUAGGGAAAGCUACUACUGCACCAUCACGUAAAGUCGAUUAUUAUGAUCGUUCCGAGCCUGUUCAAGCACGACUUCAUAAAUCUUUGCGUCUUUGGUCGUUGUACACAGAUUUAGAAGAAAGUUUUGGUACAUUUGAAACAACAAAGGCUGCCUAUGAUCGAAUGAUUGAUUUACGUAUAGCAACUCCUCAAAUUAUUAUGAAUUAUGCUUUAUUCCUGGAGGAGUUAAAUUAUUUUGAAGAUGCUUUUAAAGCAUAUGAAAAAGGUGUUGCAUUAUUUCGUUGGCCAAAUGUUUACGAUAUAUGGGCUACUUAUUUAUCUAAGUUUAUUGAACGUUACGGUGGAAAUAAAUUAGAACGUGCUCGUGAUUUAUUUGAACAAUGUUUAGAGAAAUGUCCACCGAAAUAUGCUAAAGCGUUACAUUUAUUGUAUGCUCGACUUGAAGAACAACAUGGACUUGCGCGUCGUGCUAUUCGUAUAUAUGAACGAGCUACAGAAGCUGUUCUUCCAGAAGAAAGAUUUGAAAUGUUCAAUAUCUAUAUUCAACGUAUUGCCGAUCUUCAUGGUGUUACGCAUACACGUUCAGCUUAUGAACAAGCAAUAGAACGUUUACCUGAAGAACAUUCGCGUAAAAUGUGUUUAAGGUUUGCUGAUCUUGAAAGAAAAUUAGGUGAAAUUGAUCGAGCACGAGCUGUUUAUGCCUAUUGUGCACAAAUGUGUGAUCCUCGAACCGAAACACAAUUUUGGCAAAUAUGGAAAGAAUUUGAAGUAACCCAUGGUAAUGAAGAUACUCUACGUGAAAUGUUACGAAUUCGACGUAGUGUUCAAGCAACUUAUAAUACACGUGUUAGUUUUGUUGCAAGUCAACUACAAUUGAAUGAAGAUAAUCCAACAACAAAUGAUGAAAUGCAAAAAUUAGAUAAAUCUCAAACAGAAAUCAAUGUCACUACUAAGAGUAGUUUAGCUGGUGGUCGUCCUAUGGUACAAUUUCAAUCAGCUGGUAUAAGACAAUUAGGAUUAAUUAAUGAAAAAGAUGAUAAACAACAAAAAGCCAGUACUAAUAUUGAAGAGAUUGAUAUCAAUGUUGAUGAUGAAGGAGAAGAAGAAGAAGAAGAGGCCGGUGAUGAUUCAAUGGGAGAACAAGAAAUAAAAGAAACUGUAAAUGAAGAUAAUACUGACUAUACAAUAUCUAGUAAACGCCGAAGAAAAGCUCAUCCAGACGAUAUUGAUAUUGAAAACCAACCUGUCCCAUUGGCGGUAUUUGGUAGUUUAAAGAAAACCGAUGAUGAUGAUGAUGACAGUGAUAAUUAA